CCGGGUAGUGAAAUCCUCGAAAGCGGAAGAGCCCAUCGCUUGUCUUUCAUCUCCUUUCUUUUGUUAAUUCUUCUACAUCCUUUGAACUUGGUCGGGGAGUUAUGGGUGUUGUCGCCAGUUGCUGCGAUUCGUGUUUUCACUCUAGGAGGUCACAACAAUACGAGCCUCUUCUCCUGGAGAACGAACGAGAGGCGGUAGCGGAUCUUCUCCAAUAUCUUGAGAACCGAACUACAACCAAUUUCUUCCAUGGCUCACCACUCUCUGCCCUCACUACACUCUCUUUCUCUGACAAUGUCGACCUUCAACGAAGUGCUGCUUUGGCUUUUGCCGAAAUCACCGAGAAGGAAGUUCGGCCUGUUGGACGCGAUACCCUUGAUCCCAUCUUAUUCCUCCUGAGCAGUCAAGACACGGAAGUCCAGAGGGCUGCCAGUGCGGCUUUGGGCAACUUAGCAGUCAACACCGACAACAAGCUGCUUAUUGUCAAGCUCGGUGGUUUGGAGCCUUUGAUCAGGCAGAUGCUAAGCCCGAAUGUUGAAGUGCAGUGCAAUGCCGUUGGGUGUGUCACUAACUUGGCGACUCAUGAUGAUAACAAGACCAAGAUUGCCAAGUCCGGCGCCCUGGUGCCUCUCACCCGACUGGCCCGAUCCAAGGACAUGCGAGUUCAGCGGAAUGCGACCGGAGCGUUACUGAACAUGACACACUCAGAUGAGAACCGACAACAACUUGUCAACGCUGGUGCCAUUCCUGUCCUCGUUUCCCUCCUCAAUUCUGUCGACACCGAUGUACAGUAUUACUGCACAACUGCCUUGAGCAACAUUGCCGUUGAUGGUGUCAAUCGCAAGAAGCUUGCCCAAAGCGAACCCAAGCUCGUGACCAGUCUCGUUGCUCUCAUGGAUAGCUCAAGCCUUAAGGUUCAGUGCCAAGCUGCACUUGCCCUUCGGAAUCUUGCAAGUGAUGAGAAAUAUCAACUAGAGAUCGUGAGGGCAGACGGGCUUACGCCCCUCCUUCGUCUCCUGCAAUCCACCUACCUACCUCUCAUCCUUUCCUCUGCGGCAUGCGUCAGAAAUGUCUCCAUCCAUCCCCAGAAUGAAUCGCCCAUUAUCGAGUCUGGCUUUUUGCAACCUUUGAUCAACCUUCUCUCAUUCAAAGACAAUGAAGAAGUCCAGUGUCACGCUAUCUCGACUCUUCGAAACCUCGCCGCCAGCUCUGAGAAGAACAAGCUCGCCAUUGUGAAAGCUGGGGCUGUUCAGUCUAUCAAGGAGUUGGUGCUUGAAGUACCAAUGAACGUACAAAGCGAGAUGACGGCGUGCGUGGCGGUACUGGCCCUGAGCGACGAACUCAAGGGGCAGCUUUUGGAAAUGGGCAUCUGCGAGGUUCUGAUUCCUUUGACGAAUUCUCCAAGCUCAGAAGUUCAGGGAAAUAGUGCCGCUGCACUGGGUAAUCUUUCUUCCCGAGAUGGACGAGCGGCUUCUGAUGACUACUCGGCCUUCAACGAUGUAUGGGAAAAGCCUGAUGGUGGACUGCACCGCUACCUGUACAGUUUCCUUACGAGCAUAGAUGCAACUUUCCAACACAUUGCCGUAUGGACAAUAGUGCAGCUGCUUGAAUCAGGGGACCCUCAGCUGAUUAGCAACAUCCGUCACUCGAAUCUUUUGAACCCCAGCAUUCGUCAGCUCGCCAGCUCGCGCACUCCCACGCCUACCUCUUCCGUUGGCACGCCCCGUUCUCACCGGUCCCACUCUCAAUCCUAUCAGGACACCGAGGCCGGAGAUGGGCAAGGCGAGAUCCAGCUCCUCGCACGGAGAAUAUUGGAGUUCGUCGACGGUGACGCUGCCGACGCUGGUAUCCCCCGCAGUGUCACGGGCUCUCAUAUGCAGCCGGGAUCCUCAGUCGACGUUUCUCAUGAGGAACUCAGGAGGAGCGUUCGGGAAGCGUUCUCCGGCUCUCAGCAUUAACUGCCUCGGACUUGUGUGUAGUGGGUUGAUGUUUGCAUUCUGUGUCAUGCCUGAUGGUUGGGUGUUACAUAUCGUAUAUAUCUCUUGUCCCGUUCCCGUUGCUGACAAGUAUGGUCGGUACGCACGAUUCCUCCGAUCAGUUGUGCCGUCCUGAUUGUUUGUUUUGGUUCGAUAGUAAUCCGUUCAUUUGACUUGAUUGACAAUAUUAUUAUUUGUGAUGUAUUCAUUCCCAAGCAUUGAUGUCUGACGAAUAUCACGUC